GUCUCUAACAAUUAAAAAUCUAGUUAAUCUGUCGUAGUUCGGUUCAACCAGAAUAUGUUAAACCGAAUGGUUCGGUCUAAUUUUUAAAACAUUACUUGAUUUCCUUCCUCACUAUAUAUACACCCUUUCUCUAACACAUUCUCUCAUAUCACAACAAUCAAAACUUCUCUCUAUCUCUUUCUCUCUGUCCAAAAUGGCUUCUAGUUCUACUUACAAUGAGUUUCAUAUGUUUAUGCUUAUUGGCAUAAUGGUUAGCUCUAUGGUAGCUUCUUGUGCUGGUAGCUUCUACCAAGACUUUGAUCUAACAUGGGGUGAUAACCGUGCUAAGAUAUUCAGUGGUGGACAACUUCUAUCACUUUCCCUUGACAAAGUCUCUGGCUCUGGCUUCAAAUCCAAGAAAGAGUACCUAUUUGGAAGAAUUGAUAUGCAACUUAAGCUUGUUGCUGGCAAUUCUGCUGGCACUGUCACUGCUUACUACCUGUCAUCCCAAGGGCCAACCCAUGAUGAGAUUGAUUUUGAGUUCUUAGGAAACACAAGUGGUGACCCUUAUAUUCUUCACACAAAUAUCUUCACUCUAGGUAAAGGUAACAGAGAGCAACAGUUCUAUCUUUGGUUUGACCCCACUAGAAACUUCCACACUUACUCCAUCAUUUGGAAGCCUCAACACAUCAUAUUCUUGGUUGAUAACAUACCAAUAAGAGUAUUCAAGAAUGUUGAAUCAAUUGGUGUUCCUUUUCCAAAGAACCAACCAAUGAGAAUCUAUUCCAGCCUGUGGAAUGCUGAUGAUUGGGCCACAAGAGGUGGAUUGGUGAAAACUGAUUGGUCCAAAGCACCCUUUACAGCAUACUAUCGUAAUUUCAAGGCCACUCAGUUCUCAACUAAGUCUACUUCAAGUGCAAAUUCUGAUGCUGAUUGGCAAAUAAAUGAGCUUGAUGCUUAUGGCAGAAGAAGAUUGAGAUGGGUUCAAAAGUACUUCAUGAUUUAUAACUAUUGUAAUGAUCUUAAGCGAUUUCCACAAGGUGUUCCUGUUGAGUGUAGCCACUAGUAGGCACUUUAUAAGGUUCUAAGAGAUCAACAAAAAUGUCACUUCUUAAGUUGGAUUAAUUAUUUUAAUGGUCUAUGUAAAAUAUGUCUUAGAUUAUUUUUUAUGGCUUGCUCUGUUUUUCUUGUUUCAAAAGUAAAAUCUAGUAUUUCGUAGUUCUGUUAAUGUAUAUUAAGGGGGUCAUGUUCAUAUAAUAAAAAGUUAUAUUCAAGUUUA